AGGACAUGCGCGUGGUGGCGCCGAUGCGGCGGCUGCGCAGCUGCUCCGCAGCUCCGAAACACCGGCGAGGACAACGGGCUCGUCUGCCGUUACAGCGCACACCGUGCCCGUAGUUUGAGGUCAUUUUUACACUCUUCCCGAUUAUACUUUGGAUGCAAGAGGAUCCUGUGCAGAGACAUGAUGAUGCACGUCCUUACAAUUACAUACUGACACAGAAGAGGAGAUGGUGAAGGUGGACUUGAGCCAGGUGGUGUUACGCAGGAUGAAGGAGGAUGACAUAGAGACUGUCAAAGAACUCAUUAAGGAGGGGUCUCGGGGCUCAGAGAACAGGCUCAUUCUUCACCUCCUCACCCGUCCGCUGGGCCUCCUGCUCCUCGCCGUUGUGUCCUCGGUCCUGCGCUGCAUCCUGCACAACUUCAUCUUUGCCCUGGUGCUCCCCGUCUUUGUGGUCAUCAUCUACCUGAAACUGACGAUCCCGCGCUCCGUGGGCAUCCUGGGUACCAGCAAGCCCUACUGGGACUAUGUGGGAAGCUGCUACAAAGGGCCACGGGACUGCAUAAUGGAGAACCCCUAUUCCCAGGGGACGCGGAGGGGCUCCGGGCCCGGAACGAAUAUAGACAGCGGUAAAUCAAAGUCCGCUGAACUCCAAGAGAAAACGAGGCGUCGCCAGAAAGACAAAGCGAGGCAGAUGGAGGAGAGGGAGUGGGAGGCGGGGGAGGUGUGGCUGGCAGUGCUGGAUGGAGAAAUCGUUGGGUGCAUCUCCCUUGAGGGAGGGCUAAGUGAGAAGGUCUGCAGGAUCUGUCGAUUGGUAGUGCAGUGCUGGUACAGGAGAGAGGGACUGGGCAGGCUUCUGGUAGAGAGUGUAGAAAGGAGGGAGAAGGGGUUGGGGCGGAAGAAGGUGUAUGCACACGUUUCCAUUGCCUCCAAGGUGGGCGAGGCAUUUUUUUGCAGCCUUGGUUAUCACAAAAAAGGGGUGCUCCAAGAGGGUGGGAUGGAGGAGGAUGAAAUGGAGGAGGAGGAGGUUGUGGAAGAGAAAGGGUGGAUGGGGUUCCAGGUCAAUAAGGUGUUUGUCAAGAACUUGUGAGAGAGAGCAGUAAGAGUAAGUGUAUAAAAAAUAUGAAUGUGGAAGAUGUGGCAAAGAGGGAGAAGAAAGCCAGCAGUGGGAUGAAGACAUGGGGGGGGCUUCCUUUUCUGACAAGAAUUACGUAAAUGGGAGGGGAAAGGAGGCAAGGUUUUUCAAACUGUAGGGAACUGUAAGGGAGUUUAUACAGUGAAAUUUGGCCUAAUUUAUUAAUUUGUCAUGUUUUGAAAUAGCAGUUCUUAUUUUGACUUUCCCUGAACGCUCAGUGAAUGACCCUUUCCUGUGUUGCCUGCCCUGCAAAGAUUGUCUUGCACUGUUAUAUUUAUGUUCAUAACCUUGUUAUUGUGUUGAUGGUUAAGUAUUAAAUAAUUUUUGUUCCUUGCUGUCAA